CCUUAUGUGAUGUCAAAAAACAAGUUAUUCUUUCCUCUCAUUCCAUUAACCUAGUACGUCUUAAUAAGGUAUUAAUUACUAACGCCCUAAUUUGCACGUUACAGUGAAAUAUCCGCAAUCGGUGGCCUGCAGUCCGUGAAUAUCGCGACUCGCGAACAAUGAGUGUCUGAUCAUUCAGUGGCUUGUGACGUUAUUUCUAUUCAUAAAGGCAUGAGGAGUACAUUCAUUCAAGUGUGCUUGAACUAUUGUAAGUAUGUAAAGAACUAUUAUGUUUAACUAUUGACGUGUUCAGUGCUCGCCGUGCGGUUUGACGGCGAAAAUAUAAUGGGAUGACAGGAAAUACAGAUUCAUGGAAAAGGUUUGGCGUCGAGUUGGUCUCCAUUCCUCCCGCAAGAAAAGGGAUGGAAGUGGAACCAGCACAGAAGUGACGUCAUCCGCCCCGCCGGAGGCUGAGUAUCAGAAUAUCCAUACGCUACGAACAGCUGAUUUGAUACGUCAGAGGCAGGGAGAGGAAAAGUCGACUUUGCGGUCGUCGUACAUUAUAAGAAACGGGGAUAACUUUAUUCUCGUUGAGAGAAGACGCCGUAGACGACGCAGAAGUGGUACUAGAGCCUCAUCUGGAGGAAGACAUCAUACACCACCCGUCGAGGAGACAAAUACUCGCACAGAACAAAAGCGGCGCCCUCCUGCAAAGUUGAAAAUUUUUGGAAUUCAAUGGCCUUUACAUUCGAGUGAUUCGAGGCACACUUCAAUUGCUCGACGGUUUUGCCGCGGUCGGCGCUCGCGGGAGGACAACGAACUUUACCGUUCCAACAGCUUUAAGUUCGAGAGGUUUGCUCGGGAACCACCCGCCGACGAGUUUAGAACUAGCUCACAGGCGGCGUUGUGCGCAGAUUACAGCGUGCCGGUUGACUGUGUUGCUGCUGGACCCGCGCCCAGACCGAGUUCCUUCCACGAAAUAUCCGCCCCCAAGGUCGAGUUUUUAGAAGCAUACUGCACACCUCGGGACACGGCCCGUAGAUCACCACAACACAAGCGCCGCUCAAGAGUGCCGCGCCGUUCCCCUGAUACCAAAUGGCGAUACGAUUCCAGACGUCAAAACUACGACUUGGAUAGGCGUUCCUACGAGUACGAAUCCAGGAAAUACUUUGGAAGAGAAUACGAUAAGGAUUCGGGACGCCGAGCUUUCGACGCUGAGUCGGCGAGGCGACGCGCUGACUACGAAUCAGCUAGACGCACAGAUUUUGAUUUAUCCGCACCGGAGUCCAGGCGAAGCCCCGAGAGCGCUCCAGAAGGGUCUGCUGAGUCACCGCCCGAACCAGCACCAUCUGCGCCUUUACGACAGGAAAGGCCCUUAAGACAUCGCUCACAGCCGUAUUACGAGUCUGAAUCAUCUACAGACGAUAGAUCUUCAUCUAGUGAAGAGGAAGAAGAAGACGACGAAUUUGGUGAAUUCGAUCCAUUUGCAACUGCACCGUCCUUACAUUCGCCCGACAGUGGACGCUCUGAUCCACGCUACGCUAACGCCCCUCGCAGAAAUCCUAGUCCAUACUAUUACGGCGAUCUGUUUAAAACCUCUGCACCAGCUCCAGCUCCGGCAGCUGCAGCAUCUUCAACGUCAUCGUCGCGAGGUCCGAGAUACAGAAAGUCAGCCAGCCUUGACGCUCCCCACGUUGCUCAAAGACCAAAUCUGCCAAAACGCUUCUCAGUGGCUGAAGAUGGCUUUCGUGAGCUAGAACGAUCGUCAUCUUCGUCUGGCGAGAGCGCGUGGAUGCCGCCGAGGCGUCGUGGGCGCGACGCGGCCGGCUGCGCGUGCGCCGCGCCCGAACAUGUAGAUGAGCAUCACGCGUCUCGUAGUGUUUUUUAUGUGCCGGCUCCUCUGCCCCGCUGGCCUCAAGAGAUGACCACUCGAAAGAUAUACGAGACCGCUUUUGACUGCAAAAUUGCACGCUCUGAUGACGACUUGGACGAUUUUGAUCGCGUCAGCAACCAUCCGGCCCUAUUACAGGCUGAGGAACGUAAACUUAUUACCUCGGCACAAUCAGCAUUUGAAGCUGUUGAACGCAGUGAGCCUGACUACAAGGGUCGUCGCAAGGUGACCAUGAAAACGGAUAGUGUACGACGUUCCAAGAUACCCACGAUUCGUCAAAAAAGAGAAAAUGAAACAAACACUACCGUAUUAUCCGAAGACUUAGAAAAAUUACACAUUAUAGACGAUGACGAUAGGACAGCGUCUACGUCACAAUUACCUUUAAGAGGUUACACACCGUCACCACCGUCGACAGCGCCACUGCCGACAAAAUUUCAGCAAAAAGAUGGCUCUGCGAUGAAUAGUAUUAAGAGUGCUCCUAAUUUACCGCAAUCCCAGCCGGCUCAUCCACGUUUGAAGGACUUAAGAUUACCUGUAAAAUCACUACGGGCUCGAGACACGCCAACUAGCAGCGACGCUAGCAUGACAGACGCCAAGGCAUCUGUCUCAACUGACCUAGACCUUGGUCAGAGACUCAGGGACUCAUCUCGAGAGUCCCGUGAUGGUGACGAUGAAAGAGGACAGUCAAAAGACGGUAUUUUUUUAGAGAUUAAGGGUCGACCCACUUCCGAUUCAGACACCCCAGAAUUGAAUCGGUACUCAGGGCCAAAGGGGGUCGGCCCUAUAAUGGAGUUUAAAGGCAGGCCCGGUAUAGUGCGCCCUCGUCGAAAGUAUUCCAGCACUGAGAGUAUGGCUACUAGCAGCAGUGGAGGAAGUAUGGAAUCACUGAGAAGCAGCAAUAGCGAAGGUGAUCGAAGUAGUAGUAGUUCUGAAGGCAGACAUUCUUCUUCUCUCAGUUCACACAGCUCGGAUUCUGGAAACGUUCCAUUUGCUAAAUCACACCACAUGCAUUUGACGGGGUUUGGGCAUCAUCCGGCUAAACUGCAUAUUUUAAGCCCUAUAUCUGAUAAGUCUUCACAAGAGCCAGCGUCGGAAACGUCUGAUAACAAUAAAAAUAAUAAUUCACAAAAAGUUUCACCCGAGGACGGCGAAAUAGGAAAUAACACCGUACAAACUACCGUGGAAAUUGUGGCUAAGCCUAAACGACGGGCUUUGCAAAAUCGGAAUUUAUUGAAUCUCACAUUUAGACAUUCGACACCUGGGGAUACUGAGAUUCAAGGCUCCGACAGUGGUAUUUCUAUUCACUCCCGAGAGGGGGUCGAUUCGAGGAACGCUUUCAUCAAUUUUAAAAAUAGCAACACGGAGGAAGUUCGUAAGGAUGAAGCUGUGGACCUAUCCGAUCUUCCAUUCGAUAUGCCAAAACUACGUAGACGGCGGGCCGAGGCCGAAGUUGAUCUACGUACCUUGCCAUUUGAUAUGCCAAAACUACGUCGAAAGUUGCGCGGCCAGUCUUUACAACUAAACAGUGAUUUCGGUGACGCAAUAUCGAACGCUUCAUCCAGCCAAAGUGUUCAAGACUUAAACCGAGAUAAACACCGAGAAAAGCUGACAUUGAAUUUCAAUAGCGGCAGCAGUGGCUCGAACGGAUCUAAAGGAUUACAUUUGAAUUUGGGACCCAUCGCUCCGCCUCGAGAUUUGGUUGAUGCAUCACUUCCACUUGACCGUCAAGGGUGGUAUCAUGGAACGUUGUCGCGCGUGGAAGCUGAGAGUCUGUUGAGAGACGCAGAAGAGGGCGCUUUCUUGGUUCGGAACAGUGAAUCGGCCAAACAUGAUUAUUCCCUUAGUUUAAAAUCGACACGUGGCUUCAUGCACAUGCGUAUAUGUCGCGGGAGCGACGGAUACACCCUGGGUGGGGCUUCGACCGCCUUCCCCACGGUCCCGGCUCUGAUGAGGCAUUACGUCACAGCUCAAAGGCUGCCCGUCAGGGGUGCAGAGCACAUGGCGCUGUCAACCCCACUACCGGCCGUCAUGCUUUGAGGCCUCGAAGCGCGUGGAACUAUCCACUGGAACCAUCCGUUUUUUCCUGGCCUUGAAAACCCAGGAGGUGUCGAUUUCUUUGCGUUCGCUUCGCGUCAAGGCGAGUGUAAAUAAUAAGGUUUUUUGAUACAUUAGAACCUGUCUAGAUGUAGGUUAGUGCCCAGUUAAUACCAAAGACUUAGAUUAGCUUAAGGGGCUUUUGUAUUGCGCUCAUUUUUUUAUGCUAGUCCCGACCGCAGCCUGUAUUAUUUAUUAGUGAUCGUAAUUUAUUUAAUAUCUGUAUAACAUUGUUUGUUGUAGCUUAUCACUAAGAUAUUUUAACGAUACUUAUUCAUUAAGCGAUAAUUUAGCGGUUUUUGUAUAUAACGAAAGGCCUAAGGUUCUGUUAAUGUACUAAAGCACAAAUUACGGAAACGUGAAAUAGACCGUUCGUUGACUCGCCUAUUAAAAGUGAGUCAUAGCUUAAGCUGUCACGACACUAUCGAUUUAAGGUACGAGCCGGUACCUUAUAUUUUGUACUUCAUACAGCGUUGGUACUCUGUUACUUCUAACGGCGAUAUUGACUUUUGCAUUCUCGCGAUAUCCGUGAUGGUCUCGAACGGUAAAACUCAAAAUUGGAUUCGGGAUCGGGAGAUACAGAGUACCGAGGCAGGACUAUUUUGCACCGUAGUUGAUCUAGAUUUUUCACCCACGAGCUUAGGUUUAAGAUGUCUAUGUUGAGGAAGUAGCGACGCGUGUACAACGGACUAUGUUAAUCAAGUAGUUUCGGCACAUGCGCGUGCGAUCAAAUAGAGUGCACAUGUUACGUAACAAACACCUUGACUUAUUUAUAUUUUUUGUUACAUUAGACGUAAGUAGAAAUAUUUAUGGGCCUUGUUAUGAGGUUUUCUUUUGGGUAAAAUGGUCCAAUACAUUAAUCGCAUUUAAGGUUAAAAUUGUUUACUGUGAUUUAAUUUAAUGCUGGAUUAAAAUAUGUUUUGAAAAUCUGGGUUUUAAGGAUUUCAUAAGCAAAGUGAUCUCGAAUUCUUCCUCAGCGAUCCAGUUACCUUAGUUAUAUUUUUGUACCUGAUUUUGACUAACACUUCGUUUGAGACUUAAAAAUACAUUUUAACAUAUUUUUUGUUACGUGUAUAUCGUUAGUAAUAGUUGUAUAUGGGAACGAGCGAAUUUUAUGUAUGUGAGACAUUUUAAUGUGUACCAAGCCACCGCAGUGCAGCUUCUGCAAGCGAAACUAAUUUUAACGUUUGGUGUUUGAUAAAUUUGAGAAUUUAUUUGUAACCAUUAAUUUAUUUACAUGCAAAGAAAUGGACGAUCUCAAAGUAACAAAUGUUCCGUAUUCCAAACAUAGAAGAUACGCGAACACAUAUUACAAGUUAAUUCUCAAGUUCCUCUACGCCUAAAUUAAACCGUUUUAACUUAGUAGCGUGAGGAAAUUACAGUAAAAAUAUUACAAAUGAAUGAUAAUAGGGCGGAUUCAUGUAUGUGCAGUUGUAUAAAAAAUUAAUGAUUAUAGAACUCCUGAACUCCUACUCUUAAAACAAAAGAGGAUUGGAGUAAUUUUUAACUCCUGCAAAUACUGAAUCUAUAAAUCAAGAGAAUCGUCGGCUAAUAAAUUUCGGACCGUUAAUUUGUAUACAUUAUAUUAAUUGUCACUAUAUAAGGGUGGUUGUUGUAAAAUGAUUAAUACUUAUCAAAGUUUCGGUAUAUUUUUUUAUUGUACAUUCCUCAUGUAUUUAAUAUUUAACGUAGUAAGUAUAUAAUGGAAUGAAUACUUAGUAUGGAAAAUCUCUUGGAAGUCUUAAAACGUGUCAAAAUUUUUUCAUUAAACAUUAGGUUUCGGUCAAAUGUUAGGUAAUGUUAUAGCUUAUAGUAGUUAUAAUCAAUACAGUUUGAAGGUGUAGUUUGAAAUGAAUGACGUAAUAAAGUCUUAAAAAAUA